AUGACUACUACUGAUCGAAAAACGGCUACAACUUUUUUUAGAGCAUGUGAAUCUGGCGAUCUGGAAGAAGUAACCAACCUUCUAAAUUCGCUAUCACUAUCAGAUGUUAGCGCAUGUGUAAACAAGCUUCACAAGCAACAUACCUAUCCUUCUACCCAACUGACACCUCUUAUGAUUGCCAGUUUAAAUGCACAUGAAGGCGUAGUGGAAAUAUUACUUGAUCCGAAGUAUCAGUGUAACGUAGAUGACAACCGAGGUCACUUGCACAAUUACUAUGACAUUGGUCCCGACAAGAUUACGGCCCUUGUCAUUGCAAUUAGAAUUAAAAACUUUUCAAUUACACGUCUGUUAGUCGAGGAAGGCAAGGUAGAUGUCAACAGUUGUACGGAAAAUAACUAUACGGCUCUGCACAUUGCAUGUUACAAUGGUCACCUAGAUAUGGUGCAAUAUUUGCUUGAACACGGAGCUGAUGUAUGCAUAAGAAAUCUUAAUCAAACUACGAUAUUGAUGACUGCAACUAUUCAAGGACAUCUAGAGGUUGUCCGAUAUUUGCUAACUGAAGUGUAUGAUAAUGUUUCCGAAGCUAUAAGUUUGAAAAACAAAUUUGGACAAACAGCAUUUCAUUAUGCAGCAUCAAGAGGAAAACUCGCUAUUGUACGCUGUUUGCUGACGGUGAAUCAGUCUGAAACUGAAGCGAUGAUUAGUGCAGUAGACAAAGACGGAAAUACGGCACUUCAUCUUGCUGUAUUAUAUGGUCGUCUAGAAAUUGUAGAAUUAUUGGUGAGGACAUUAUAUCAGAAUGUAGAUGCAGCGAUUUUUAAUGCUGUCAACAACGACGGAGACACCGUCCUCCACUGUGCAGCUAUAGCAGGAUAUGUUGAGCUUAUUAAAUUACUUUUGACACACGCUGUCAAAAUUGUAACAAAUAAGCGUCAUUUCACUCCUUUGAUGUGUGCAAUUGACAAUAAACGGGAGGACAUUGUGAAAUUUUUCCAGACACAUCUAAAAACGUCUGAAUUUCUAGCCGAUUUGGAAUUAUUUGGUCCCUUGAAUAUGUCUGCCAACCGUCAUUCAUACAAUGUCGCUUCGAGACUCUAUACAUCAUUUCGAAGAGCACUGGAAUACAAAUUUAACGAUGCAAACACUCCCUUACCCAACAAAGUUCUAAAAGAGACAGUUGAAAUAUACGAAUUUCAUCAAGAAUGUCAAACCCUUGAAGAACUUGAGACUAUUCGAGAUAAUGAAAAGUUUCUACGAUUAGAAGCUCUGAUGAAAAUUGAACGACAUUUAGGCAUCACGAGUCCGAUAUAUCUACAAGCAGUUCUUAGAGUAGCACGCUGGUAUACUGAACAAAAAAUGUUUCGUCGUAGUCUCGAUCUGUCACUCUAUGCAAAUCGAAUAAAUUCUGAACAAAAGUUUAUAGAUCAAACUUUGGUUAACAGCGAGCUCGAGGAAGUUCUAGGUCAUAUGAUUCGAAGCGGGCAGAUAGAUCAGAUUUCAUUCGACAAGUGUUUAGAGCUUUUGGAAUGGGUUCAACAAAAUGUCGUUCUGAGUAGAAAUGAUUUUCAUGACGCUAAGAACAGACAGACGGUGAUUUUUAUGUAUCUAAGUUACAUUGUAAUGAAGAUGGGCCCUUUAUGGCCAGAAGACCAACAACGGUAUAGCGUGUACAGAACGAUAUCAGAUAUAAUCAAGUUAGACAGGCGCGACGCAGAUGGUCGGACUGUGUUACAUUUAGUAUUCUCCGAAAAAUCACCUUCAUCUAGUUUAACAGAUCGUUUAGGUAAGCCAGAUGGUUUUAUAAGUUAG